AUGAGCUACAUCAGCAGCGGAAGCAGCUCCUCGGGAGCCACCCCCUUUUCAGUUGGUCCUUCCAGCUCGACAUCUCGCAGCCCCUCCGUCGAGCCCUCCGCUCCUUCUUCCUCCUCCUCCAAGAAGCAACGACGUCUCACGCUGCAAGACAUCCACAUUCCCGCCGGUUUUGAAAUCGCCAAGGACCUCGGCGAGGCUGGUACCGAAUACCCGUCGGAGGAAAACAUCCAGAAGGCAGCGGAAGUGCUGCAGUCGCUUCGUGGUCGCAUGCCUGACGGCUCCGAUGGCCAGGUCGCUGCAUGCGACUACUGCAGGCGUCGCAAGAUUCGCUGCGAUCGCACCAAGCCCACCUGCGGCAGCUGUGUCGCAUCAGGACGCAAGUGCACCACCGAAGACAUGCUGCGUAAGCGCGGUCCGCCGUCCAAGAAGGAGCGUGCUAUCCUCGAAGCUGCCGGCAUUAUCUUCCGCGGUACAAGGCCCCACAGGAGACGCAGAACAGCCACCACCUCACUUGGUUCCGGUGCCGCCAAGAGGCAGCAGGAACAGAUGCUCAGAAAGGUAGAGGAGGUGGCGGGCACACGUACGCGCGCCAACUCGACCAACUCGGGCGACACUGCAGCUAUGGCGAGCAUGGUGAACAACCUUGACGUCGCAAGCAAGAACUCGUGGAUGGAGAUGCUCAGCAUCGCCACGCGCUCGGCCAACCCUUUCGCCGACUCUCCCGCUUCGUCACCCUCGGACAUCUCGGCGCACGACGCCUUCCGCACCGACGCUGCAGCUUGUGAUUACAUGCUGCCUCACCAAGUCUCUCCCAUGCCACCUCGAGGCGCCAUGGACGGAAUGUACAGCGGUUCGCAAUGGGACAACACGUGGGUGCAGUAUGGCGCUGAUCUUCGCGGCAAGCAUGCCUCUCAGGGCCCCGUCCCCACUUUGGAGCUUCCCAACCUCUCUGCUUUCGCCUGCAACGCCCACAUGGACAGCAAGGACGUCAUCACGAGGUCGCCACUCGCUUCGUUUGAUGCAGGUGCCCUCGAUUGGUCCGCAUCCAAUGUGUCGCCGUCGCACUACCAGACCAUGUUUUCUCAGGAAACCGCCGUGCCUCCGCCGCCCUUUGAUCAUGAGGUCAACCUGCCAGUGGUCCACGUCGAUCCGCAGAUCAUGGUUCCUCACCAGCAGUCCCAUCCUCACCAGCAGCAAGCGCAAGGGCUGCAGCCUUUCAUCAGCUCGCCGACGGGUAUGGCUGCCGAAGCCAUCGCCUUUCAGACUGCCAUGGGCCACUUUUUUCCCAAGACAGAGCCUCUGACGUCCUCUAACAUGUCAUCGUCGUCGUCCCAGACCGCCGAAGUGAGCACCCCUUCCGAGCUCGAUCAAUUCAUCUCCAUGGGCGAUCAUUACUAUCAACACCAACAGCAGCAACACCUGCCGUUUGCGCUGUCUUACUGA